UAAACUUCAAAUACCACAUGUUUUUCAGAGGGUGUCAUCAUUGAAUAACCUGCUAGGAAAGUAGUAGCAAAUACUACAUGGGCCUUGAAAAAUGAAUUGGAGUAGGGGCACACACUGAUCUCAGUGCACAUUCUCUUCUAUUGUUUUAGUCUCAGUCUUUCUUCUGCAAUAUAUGUCAAUUAAUUCCCCUCAAUCUGGCUGUGUUCCUAACUAAACCGACCAUGCGUUAGUGGUCAUAGCAAAGUGCAAAUAUACACAUGGGAGAUAGUGCAGCCUUCAGAAAGAACUAAACCUAGACAUAUUCACCUUUUUUUGGUUGAUAUCUGAAUCGUAUAAUUUUAGAUUGCGGCCAUGGAUUCUGCAAAUCUUUAUCAUUAUCAUCAACUGAUCCAACACCAGCAGGUUGCUGGGUAUCCCUUCUUCAAUGGAGUUUCAACUAUACAUGAUUGGAACUCAAGCAUGACCUCGGAGGAAGAAUAUUACUACAGGCUGGGACACAUGAAGAGGAUCCAGAAUAACAUCUCAUCAGAAGAGCAGUGGAAAAGAAGUAAUAUUGACACAUUUCCAUUAACGAACACCUCAACAAUGUUCCAUGAUGGCCAACAAUUAUCCAACGAUCAGCUGGAUUACAAAAACAACAACGAUUAUUUCGACAAGAUGAAAGAUAUGAAUGGUUUGAGUAACAGCUUGUUCAAAGAAAGUUGCUUCGGACACGAACAACAACAUGCUUUUGAUCUGAAUGAGAAUCUUCUGUCCGAAGACUCGUACAUGAACAAUGCUAAAACUAGCAUUGGAUUUCCCGGAAAAGCUGCGCAUACUGCUGUAACUAAUUCGAGUUAUAUCUCGAGUUAUAUGGAACAUUCAAAUUUCCAGGGGUUGAAGUUAGCAUUUAAUGGCCUAACUUUCAAGAAUAGUAGUGGUCAUGGUAGUAAUAUCUUUGGCCAUUUCUCUACAGACAGGAUGUCUUCGGGCUUUGCUGCUGGAUUGCAAGAAUUAACCCAUAGUCCAUCAAAUAGCACCAACAAAACCACAUCCAAUGUUAGGAAUAACAUUGGAGUUUCUACAAAAGCAAAGAGAUGUAAUUAUUCUGCUGAAGAAUCCCCAUGUCAAGAAGCAACAAAGAAGCCUCGAGUCACAUCACAAUCUUCAAGUCCAAUGCUUAAGGUUCGAAAGGAAAAACUUGGAGACAGGAUUUCAGCUCUUCACAGAUUAGUGGCACCUUUCGGCAAGACUGAUACUGCAUCAGUAUUAACAGAAGCCAUAGGCUAUAUUCAGUUCCUUCAGGACCAGAUACUGACAUUAAGCACGCCUUAUACGAAGUCCUCUCAAGGGAAGCUACAUCAGAUAAACUUAAAGGAUUCGAGCACAGACGUGAAGGGACAAGAAGCAGUGCUAGAUCUUAAGAGUAGAGGAUUAUGUCUUGUGCCAAUAUCUCUAUCUUCUUACAUCACCUCUUCGUGUGAUUGAAACAUCGGGACAACUACUACAUUGACUUCCUGACUUCCCUGGAAGCAUAUGGUAGGAUGAAUUGUACAGCUACUAUAACUUUUCAUGUCCAAAGUCAUGAAAAUAAAGUUAACCUUUACAUAGUUUGUUAUCAAUAAUCGCUUCAAGAUUUAUAGCGUCUUUUCCUUA